UACGCGUUUUUUCAUGUUGUUUUCGCCAUGUUGGGCUAGGCGAUAGCUUCCGGGGAUACGUAUUCCACCGAUGGUUAUCUGAUAUUUCAUCCAAAACAAGAUAAUUGGUUAAUGCUACUAGUUCUGAGUAGAGAAAGGUCCCCUUACACCCGUCACCAUGGCGUCACAUAAUAACGUCACCGUCACGCUGGAGGAUGCCCUCUCCAACGUGGACCUGCUUGAAGAGCUCCCUCUACCGGACCAACAACCUUGCAUCGAAGCAACGGCUGUCUCUCUGACCUAUAGAGCAAACUUUGAUACCAACUUUGAGGAUAGAACAGCCUAUGUAACUGGUAUAGCAAAGUACAUUGAAGAAGCCACUGUUCAUUCUGAAUUGAAUAAAUUAUUGGAGGAGGGAGAGAGCUAUGCAGUCACUCUGUAUACCUGGAGAAGCUGCUCCAGGGCCAUGCCACAGAUCAAGUCCAACAACCAACCAAACAGGAAGCAGAUCUAUGAGACGUUUGUUGAUGUUCUGCGACCCGAGGUCACCAAGUUGGUGAAUUUCAUGUACUUUCAGCAAAGAGCCAUAGACGUCUUCUGCAGAGAUGUGAAACGUCUUUGCCACGCUGAGAAGAAGAAGGACUUUGUGUCCGAGGCGUACCUCCUGACGCUAGGACGUCUCAUCAACAUGUUCGCUGUGCUAGAUGCUCUCAAGAAUGUCAAAGCCAGCAUCAAGAACGAUUAUGCUGCCUACAGAAGGGCGGCCCAGUUCCUGAAGGUGAUGGCUGACCCUCAGGCCCUGAGGGAGUCCCAGGAGGUGGUCCUGUUCCUGGCCAACAACGACAAGAUCACCAGGACCCUCAAGGAGAACCUGGAGAAGAUCCAGGGCUACGAGGAGCUACUGGUGGACAUUGUCAAUCUCUGCGUGGACCUCUUUGAGCAACGCCAGUACGUCAUGCCAGCUGAGAAACACAUGCUUAUCAAGGUGAUAGGCUUUGGUCUGUACCUCAUUGACACCAAGGAGAACAACAUCUACAAGAUGGACCAGAAGAAGAGGAUUAAUCUCACCAAAAUAGACAGGAUUUUCAAGCAAUUGGAAGUUGUGCCCCUCUACGGUGACAUCCAGAUUCCCGUCUUCACGUACAUCAAGAAGAGCGCCAACUAUGAGUCGCACAAAUCAUUCUGGAACCCUGAUAUGUCGUCGGCUGCGCAGUACAACCUCCUAGAGCACCUUCAACCAAUCAGAGACAGUCAUAUGAGAUACAUCAGCGAGCUUGCUAGACAUAGCAACAAGGAGGUAACAACAGCACAGAAAGACACAGGUCGGACUGAAGAUGAGAAUCGUGUAUUGUACGAGAUAGCUCUGCGUGGCCUCAGGUUAUUGUCAAGAUGGACGUCCCUUGUCACAGAACUGUUUUCUUGGAAACUGUUUCAUCCUGCUGAGACAAGGGACAUCAAGGCUCAAGAAGCAGAGGAAUAUGAGAGGGCUACUAGGUACAACUACACGAGCCAGGAGAAGUUUGCCCUGAUCGAGGUGAUCGCCAUGAUCAAGGGUCUCCAGGUGCUGAUGAACCGCAUGGAGAGCGUCUUCUGUGAAGCCAUCCUCAGGACGGUCUAUGCAGAGAUGCAGGACUUUGUCCAGGUCACGCUGCGAGAGCCGCUCAGGGUGGCCACAAAGAAGAAGAAGACACUUGUUGUCAGUAUCAUUCGAGCUGUGAGAGAGACCUGUGCUGAUUGGCUGAGAGGGGUCGAACCCAACGACCCCGCCCUGAAAGGAGAGAAAGACCCCAAGAAUGGAUUCUCGUUUGAGGUGCCAAGGAGAACCGUGGGCCCAUCAAGUACACAGCUGUACAUGAUGCGAACCAUGCUGGAGUCAUUGACGGCGGACAAGGGAGGCACUGGCAGGAAGACCUUGCGCAAGGAGCUGGAGAGCAUCUUCACGGUGGAGCCCCUGGAGAAGUUUCACAAGAAGACGUACUUCUUCACCUGCAUGCUCAACUUCUCGGAAACCCUGCAAGCAUGUUGUGACCUCUCUCAGCUGUGGUACAGGGAGUUCUUCCUCGAGAUGACGAUGGGAGAACGGAUACAGUUUCCGAUUGAGAUGUCGAUGCCAUGGAUCCUGACUGAUCACAUCCUUGAGACAAAAGAGCCCUCGAUGAUGGAGUACAUCCUGUACCCUUUGGAUCUGUACAGCGACAGUGCUCAGUAUGCACUCUCAACGUUCAAGAAGCAAUUCCUCUAUGACGAGAUAGAAGCAGAGGUGAACCUGUGCUUUGACCAGCUGGUGUACAAACUCAGUGAGCAGAUCUUUGCUUACUACAAGGCUCUUGCUGCAAGCAUUCUGUUGGACAAGCGAUUCAGGACAGAGUGUCAGAACUUUGGUAUCCACAUACUCUACCCUCCUCCAAACAAGUAUGAGACCAUACUCAGACAGAGACAUUUACAGCUCCUAGGUCGUUCUAUCGACCUUAAUCGACUGAUCUCACAGCGCAUCAGAACCUCGCUUCAGCGCAGUCUUGAUCUUGCCAUAGCUCGCUUUGAGAGCAGCGACUUCACGUCUAUUGUGGAGCUUGACCAGCUUGUAGAGGUCAACCGUUUGACCCACUCGCUCCUGUCCAAGUUCCUGACCCUGUCUGAGUUUGACGCCAUGCUGCGUGAGGCCAACCACAACGUGAUGGCACCCUACGGCCGUAUCACGCUCCACGUCUUCUGGGAGCUCUACUACGACUUCAUACCAAACUUCUGCUACAACGGAUCAACAGAAAGGUAUGUCAGAACGAAGCUGUCGUUCAUCGAUCCUCCAAGCAGAGACAAGCCGCCCACAGCAGCACCAUCCUAUCUCUUUGGAUCUAAGGCUCUGAACAGCGCUUACAGCAGAGUGAACAGUCUCUACACCACCUUUGUUGGUAUCCCCCACAUACGAUGCAUGGUGAAGCUCUUAGAGUAUCAGGGCAUCGCUGUCAUCAUGGAAGAACUGCUCAAGAUUGUCAAGGGUCUGCUCCAGAACACGAUCCUUCAGUACACCAAGGUACUCAUUGACGUGAUGCCCAGGAAAUGCAAGCUACCCAAGUACGAGUACGGAACAAAAGGUGUGGUAGCGUACUACUCAGCGCAUCUCCAGGACAUCGCCCAGUACCCUGACCUCAAGGUCAAUCUCUUCCGUAACUUCCAGGAGGUCGGGAACACCAUCAUCUUCUUCCGUCUCAUCGAGCAGAGUCUAGCCGUAGAGGAGGUAUGUGACCUUCUGCACGCUUCGCCCUUCCAGAACAUCAUCCCCAAACCGCAUGUCAAACCUGGUGAAAAGUUAGAAGUCAAGCUGAAGAGGCUGGAAGCUGGUUUUGCACCGCUCCAUGUCGUCCCUGUCAUAGAGAAACUUGGAUCGCAAGAGCAACUGGCUGACACACGAGAGGGUGAUCUGUUGACCCGUGAGCGUCUGUGCUGCGGGCUGAGCAUGUUUGAGGUGGUGCUCUCGCGCAUCCGUAGCUUCCUCGACGAUCCUGUCUGGUCUGGGGAGGAACCCAUCAACGGAGUGAUAAACAUCGAUGAGUGCACCGAGUUCCAUCGGCUCUGGAGCGCCAUUCAGUUCGUCUACUGCCUGCCGCUCAAAGAGAAUAACUUCACACCAGAGGAGAGCUAUGGCGAAGGUCUGAACUGGGCCGGCUGUACCCUAAUCACAUUGUUGAACCAGCAGAGACGGUUUGACGCUCUAGAUUUCAGCUACCACAUCCUCAAGAUCAACAAGGUGGAUAACGUGAACGAGGACAUCAACGGCAUCCCCGUCGGCCGACUUGUGGACCGCAUCAGGAAGUACCAGAUCCUCAACGGACAGAUCUUUGCCGUCCUGCGUAAAUACCUGAAGGCUGGAGAAGGAGAGAAUCCUCCAGUGGAGCAGAUCCGAUGCUACAAGCCUCCAAUCCACCAGUCUGUCAUGGAGGGCAUGUAAAGAUAUCCCUCAAAGACCAUCGACCUGAAGGCUGACUGCUCAAGGAAUUGAAUUGAGGUCUUUGUUGUUGAACGGACAACCUGGAAAUAUAGUGGCACAUUGACAUUGAAGCCUCCAAUGCUGCAAGCCUCCCAUUCAGCAGUCUAGUCAUGGAAGGCCUUGAGGAUAUCCCCUAAGACCUAUCAACCUGAGGGCUGCACAAGGAAUGUAUGUUGAUGAUCCUUUUUACCGGUCUCCUUACGCUGUGGACACGAUGUUAGCCAUUUGAAAUUAAUAACAUAGGACGGUUCCAGACAUGUUCCUUUUUCCGCAAAUCUUCUUCUUAGCACAAUAAGUACUAAGAAGAAGUGGCUAUCUCCCUGCUAAAUUUACAGAUGGUUUGCGUGUAAAAGAUUUGAUGAGGGCUUAAGAACUAUGUGUUGUGUAGAAAGGCCCCCUUUUCUUAAAAGCAGUCCCAUAAUAAUAAUGUGAUUUCCACGAUGUACAGGAGGUGGAGGUUUCACUUUUAAAACGUGUUUUUAUGGUGCUCUUAAAUGCUGGUAAAGGCAUACUUUUUUGUAGGGAUUGAGGUCUUUUGAAACAACUAAUGUCCCAACUGUACCUGUUGCAAUAUAUCUUAAUAGAAUGGUCAUGACUGCACAGCUGAAAUCAGGAAACAGUUGAUGGUAAAACAAGCUUGAAUGUACUUCAUUGGAAAUUGACAUGCCAAAAGCAUGACAUAGAUUCAAUCGGUUUGUGGAGAGAGAACCCACAAGUUUGAGAGGACAACGUAGAACACGAGUGCCAUUUAGGCUGCGACUAUUGAUGUUGUUUAGAAUCCUUUUUUAUAUUAAAAUAGAAAGAAGGUGAUUUUAUGCAAAGGAAUUGAUAUGCAUGCAGUUAUAUUCAGGUAUUGCACAGGGUAUGUAUGUAGACACCCAAAUAGAUACUUUGUGUUUGAUAGAGUUUGUAACAAUCCUGUUAUGGUUGGUCCAAACCUAUUUGAUCAAGUACUGUGUGGCCAUGUAAACCUAUAAGCCUUCCAUUUACUCAUUGUUCUUCUUAAAAAAAGUUUUGAAGUGUAUUGUAGCUCGUAAACAUACAAGUAUGCCAGCCCUUUAAAGUUGUCAGAGUAUUGUUGGGGAUUCAUAUCAUGUGUAUAAUCAAUUUCUUUGCACCAGCAUUUUAUUAUUUGAUAUGUAAAAUUACUUGUAUUAGAUACAUACGUGUAACAUCUAUUGUCGUUUGCAAUUUACAGCCACUUGAUAUAGGCAGGAAAUAGUGGGAAAAGGGGGAUAUUUUUUAAGGACUUCUUCUCAAAGUCCAUUUAAGAAAAGUGAUGCCUUUUAUUCAUGUUGAUAGAAGAUAAUCAUGAUGGUCGGCCUUUAAAUGCUGGUCAGGAAGUAUUUUAAAGUUGAUAGCGAUAAUACGUGAAAUGCCAAAUAUGUAGACGUAAUACUUACAUGUGUGCUGCCCAAAACAGAUUUUUAAAUUACUAGCAAGACAAAGAAUAGUGGCUUUCUUGCGGCACAUACGUACGUACUACGUGAAGUUUCAGAGUAACGUAAAUCAAAGUAACAAUUUAUUUAUUAUAGAAUUUUCAAAAGAAAUGAGCUUUGGAUUUUUUGGGGGCACUGUCUUUUAUACACCAUGGUUUGUAUGUUGUUGCAAUUGUAUUACUAUAUAUAUAUGUACAUAUUUAUUGGUUGUGUGUUGUUGUAUAUGGUGUUACCACUGUGUAGAGGCUUGUGUCUACGUCAAGAUGGAGCAAUUCGAGCAAUGUCGAGAAAAAUGUACUCGAGUUACAAAGGCUUUAAUGGACAUAAUGGACUCUCUUGCCUAAAUGCAGUAAUGAUUUUAAAUUGCAUGUACCAACCAAAAACUCAUCAUUGUUGAUAUAUUCUUUUUUUACAAAUUUAUUGUGAAAUUGAUCCAUGUCUAGUAUUAUUGAGACAUUCACUACACAAGGAUGACAGUUUUUCUCUCACAAGGAUGAUUCUUAAAGGUAAAGACCAGUAUUGGAAACGCCCCCCUAUCAAAAAAUGAAAUGGAAGCUCUCAUUACCAAUCAUGUGAAAGAAUAUGUUUUGACUCAUACAUGAUGAUAAAAAUUUUGCCGGGAAACCGCCUACUAAUUGAUAUAUUUGGUAAAUUAGUUUAUCAAUUGGAACCAAAUAGAUGUCACGCACAUGUGCGUAGUCCCAUAUACAUCUUUUUGUGUACAUUGCUUGUAACUUUACGAAGACUGGGCCGAAUUUCUUAUCAUUUUGAUGAUUCCAGAACCUUGCAGUACACACCAAUACUUAUAUGCUAGAUGAUCAACCCUUUCUGAUCGAUUCCACAUUUCUUUCCCAUUGCAACCGCAUGACCAUGUUGAUUGCACAGCGCCAUCUCGUGGUCAGUGUGUAUCUCAAUACCUAAUUUUCAAUUUGCAGACAGAGAAUUGAUGCAUGAACCAAAGGCGCAGCUGGAGAAGCAUUGAGUUACUGUACCAUACAGCUGACCCGAGAUGGCGCUAAAGUACAGUACACUACAGUACGGCUUUAAAUGUCAGUCGAUGAUGCAAGUGGAUGUUUGAAGUCCAGGAAAGGUCGAGUCUGUAAUAUGAUAUGCCUCUAUGACCUAUAACCUUCCCUUUACAAACACUUUCAUGCCGAUUCAUGUAUUUACCUCUUUUUUUUUCUCGGUAAAUUCAGUCGAGAUGAAGCAAAAUAAGUUUCAGCUCGUUUGGCUUUUGAACUCACAAUUGUACAUGGCUCAAUAUCAUUGCAAUGAGUACAUGGUGUAUGGCAGUAGUUUGUAGCCUGUUCUAAUGUCUUGCUCUGUUUAAAUGUAUAACUCCGUGUGUAUUGAAUAUGUAAAUGAAAUAGUAUUUAUGUGAGUUAAUCUUUGAAUGUGUACAAACAGUAGCUAAAUUUUACUUUGUGAGGCUGUUCUAAAGAGAUGUAUUAAAAAUGCUGUUUUGUGUUUUUUUUAAAGAUGUGAUUAUGAUGAAAUACCAUAGGUUAGGGUCUUCAAAAGAAUUACAAAACGCUUAGAAAGUUUCAUCAAAACCGGUCAUUAUUCCCAUUCAAAAUAAUGCUAUUAGUCAGGUGGCUUAGUGAAAUUACUGUUACUUGGCGGAUAAAAGCAUCAUUUUUGGUAGAAGGCUUCUUCUUCAGGACCUACUAUACAAUAUUAGGGUAGCAGCCCCCAGCAAUAAUUUCAAUUUAAGGGUGUGGGGGCGAGGGCAUCUUUUUGGAGCGCCCAAAUAAUGUUAUAACAUUGAUUUGUAGUUAAACAAAUGCCAUUUUUGGUACAGGGCUUCCUUAGGACCUACUGAACGAUAUUAGGGUAGGAGCCCUCGGCAAGUAGAUCCCAAGAGAGCCCUGUACCAAAAAUGGCAUUUGUACAACCACAAACCAAUGUGAACUUACCUUAUAAAUUAUUUGUGAGCUCCUAGCCUAAUAUCGUUUAGUAGGUCCUAAGGAAGCUCUGUACCAAAAGUGGCGCUUGUAUUCGGCAAGUAGUGAUAAUUGAUAAAUUUGACGCCAAGCCACCCGACUAUAUGGGGUUUCAAGGACAAAAAACAGACUAAUUGAAGUUAAUUUUCCCAUGACCAAGCAGUGAUGCUGCUUGUUUUUCAAAUCUUUCUGGAUGUAUAGUCCUAUUCUCUUUCAGCAUUUCACAUAUAACAAUAAUGUUUAUGGUAUGGUGCUGGCCAGCAAUGAUAGUAUUUUAUAAAUGCUGACUCAAGUUUCAAGAGGAGAUAUAUUAUUAAAAGUGUAGCAAAAAAUGUAAGCACAUCAUAAACAGUGUUAAUUUGCACUGCAUGUUGGUAAUAAAAUCAUUAAAAAAAGACGUAUUUACAUCAUUUACUGCCAAAUUAUAUAUUCACUGUCCCUCACAGCUACAAAGUAUAAUCUUGCUAACAAAAAAAUUCUCAAAUAACUGGGCAUAGUCACAUUAAUACAUGGUUUGAAAAGUUAGCAAAUUUAUCUUUCAUUGACAAACAUUUCAGAAGUAAAUAAUCACUCUGUAUUUAAAGCUUCAAAUGACCUUAUUAACGGUACUGGUAAGUCUUUUGUAGUUUUUCACCAGGUACAAUUUUUAAAUCAAGCAUAAUCUACAAUUCACCAUAUGUAAUCAUGUACCCUGAUAAAGCAUUUAUUCUAAAAUGUACUUGUGAACAACACAGCAAUUCAUUUCUGUUUUUUCAUAUUAAAAGUGAAUGAAUUUCACAAAAAUCACGAAAGUAA